AACUUUGCACUACCCUAAUGUAGGCUCCAAACAGGCAUGCGAGGUGCUUUUGGAAAGCCCCAGGGCACUGUGGCCAGGGUUCACAUUGGCCAAGUUAUCAUGUCCAUCCGCACCAAGCUGCAGAACAAGGAGCAUGUGAUUGAGGCCCUGCGCAGGGCCAAGUUCAAGUUUCCUGGCAGCCAGAAGAUCCACAUCUCAAACAAAUGGGGCUUCACCAAGUUCAAUGCUGAUGAAUUUGAAGACAUGGUGGCUGAAAAGCAGCUCAUCCCAGAUGGCUGUGGGAUCAAGUACAUCCCCAGUCAUGGUCCUCUGGACAAAUGGCAGGCCCUGCACUCAUGAGGGCUUCCAAUAUGCUGCCCCCACUUAAUACCAAUAAAUUCUACUUCCUGUCCAAAAAAAAAAAAAA